AAAACCCACGCAGGCACGGGGAGAACAUGCAAACUCCACACAGGUGGGACCGAGGAUUGAACCCCACUCCUCAGAACUGUGAGGCAGACGCUCUAACCAGUCGUCCACCGUGCUGCUAUUAUUAUUAUUAUUAUUAUUAUUGUUAUUAAAUAAAUCUCUUUAAUCAUCGCAUUAGUGACACAGAAGGAAUGAUAUGUAUGUGUAUGUAUAUACAUGUAUUAUUAGUUUACAUUUAUUUUAACUGUGUGCUUGUUUUUAUGUGCUUGACUGACUAAACAAUUUGCCGUUAGCUUGAAGCUGCUAGUGAAAGCUAUCCCCGCAAGGACGUCAGGACUCGCGGGGAUACCACUGCGUAGUAUGUUGUUCCUUGCGCAAACAAAUCACUCAUCAUACUAGUACAUCACUCCUUAGCGGAUCACAAACGAAGACGUUCAACUGAUUGCGAACGAUACGUUCAACGAACUAAUCACUCUCCAGUUCCUCAGUACACCAGUUCACUGAACGAAUCACUCGUCAGUUCUUUAGUACACCAGUUCAAUGAACGAAUCACUCAGUUCACUUAAGUCCCUCCCCUGAACGAAUCACUCUUCAGUUCUUCAGUUACUCAGUACACCAGUACACCGGUUUACUGAACGAAUCCCUCUUCAGUUCUCCAGUACACCAGUUCACUGAACGAAUCACUCAGUUCACUUAAGUCCCUCCCCCGCUUGCACGGCGCUGCCUGACGCUGGCUGCUCAUUGGUCAUUCGCCAAAGUGAGUGACAACGCUGGCGAAUCGCAAAUCACAUGGCAGUAUGUUUAAUGAAGUCCCACCCCUGCCUGCACGCUGGCUGCUCAGUGGUCAUUCGCCGAAGAUUCAGAAGUGAGUGACAGAACGCUUCAGCAGUUCCGUUUCCCCUCCCAGCCGACUCGCUCGCCUCACAGCGGUGGGCGGCGGCCAAGCUAAAAGAAUGAAACAUUUCAUAAACUGAUUCCGUUCAGUUCGUGAACUAAAAAAAGAUUUGUUAUUCUGAACAAAACAUUCAUGAACGAAACAACACGACUUCAAAGUUGGCUAAUCUCCACUGUAACGUGCUUCCAGCCAGACCUAUGUGACAAGUGUACUGUACCACCCAAUCACUUUUUUUGUUGGUUUGCAAAUUUAUGUAAUGAUAGCUUAUCAGUUAGCAUGGCAUCUCCGGCUGUCUCUCGUCUUAUCCUCUGCCCGUCCUUAGUGAUAACAAUACUUGUCUAAAAAUUUUGCUUAUUCUCUGUGAUGGAUGCGAUGAUUUGUGACCUGUGCUGUGUUGACAACGGACAUGAGGUGCAAGUUCGCCUCUGUGGCUCAGCAUUGUAUUUAGCCGUGUUAGCUGUAGUGCGUAGGUAGCUGGGGGGGGCAUGCGACUCCUCUUAGGACCUGAAACGGUAGAAAGCAGCGAUGUUGACAAUAGGGAUGCUCCAGUUUGGGAUAACCGAGCCAGUACGAUAAAAGUGCAGUUAGGUGCAACAGGACAAGACACACAUAGUCCUCAGAGUCAUUUGCCAGAAGUAUGUCAUAGAAAACUUUUAAUAAAUCUGACUCUGUGCUACGUAGCAUUUUAAAAUCUGAUCUCCAGGACAUCAUGUUUAUCCAAAGGUCCAAAAGCCAGAUGACAGACUGCUAUUAAUAAUAGCCAAAACCGACUUCUCUAUACUAGGGAAAAAACCCUUAACAAAGUGAGGAGAAACAAAGUCAUAAGGGACCAUAUUCUCCCAUUGGUGCGUAAGUCUGUAUUUUACGCGCCUGGCUUGCGCGCUUUUAAGGUGCGCGGAUUCUCCGGUUAUGACUUCUGACACACCCAGCGUGCAUACCUGGAUAGUUUGUGCGUAACGGUUUGAGAGGCGUGACUCAUUAAAGUCUGCAGGAGGGUAGAGUUCCCUGAAUGUAGAGCUUUCGUGAGAAAUGGGAGUGCCAUUAAAAUCCAUUUGGGAAAUAUCCAUCCUUCCAUCCCUACAUUUUCAUACACCUUAUCCUCACUAAGGUCGCGGCCAUGCUUAAGACAUUCACUCCCAUUGACGGCUUUAGAAGUCAAAUGACCAUGUUAACUGGGAAAGCUGGCAGUGAAUGAGUUAUAAGCUUAUCCAAGCUAUAUUCGGGCGAGAGGUGGGGUACACCCUGAACUGGUCGUCAGCCAAUCCAUUUGGGAAAUAUGUCACAUUUAAAUGUGAAAUUAAACCCCGUAUGAAUAUUACGGAAGUUAGGCGUCCUUCCCCAGUGAGACAUGGGCACUUCUUGUCGAACGGGCUACUUGGGAGGAGCAUAUCAUUUUGUAUUCUCUAAUCUCUAUUAAAUACAUAAUGUACAAUAGAUAAAUUUAAUCCGUGUUUGGAAGACCAUCAAUAAUAAAGCGAGUGAGCCAGCUAUUGCUAAGCUUUGCCCAGGAACCAUUCCAGCACCACACACGUCGGCGUGUCACUUAAAUGGAUUUUACGACCGGCGAUGACCAAAUAUGAACAAAAGGAUUCCAAACCUUAAUGCACCAUCGCGCCCUCAAGAUGACUGUUCUUUUGAGCGGCUCUUGCAGACAAAAUCAAACAAAUGCAGCAUAUUUGAAACAAAAGUGCCGCUCGCAGCUCGUGGAUGUAUAUUAAUUAACUAACAUGACAAAAUAUGUCGAUGUUCGGCUAUCAAUUGGUCUAAUGUGGUAGGGACACAGUAUGGCCAUUGGGCAGUCGGUGAGUGUAUAUGGCCAGGUGUCCGUCAGCAUGCUGAUUCAGCCGCUGGGCCGGCAGCAGCCGUCGGAUGCUCGGAUCACGGGAGGGAAUCACAAUGUGCAAUAUGACUAUAGGACAUACUACAGCCUCUGGAGCGUGCAUGAGGAAAUGCGCUUUAGCCUUUGGCAGAAUACACGCAAGGCCAUAUAUGAGCGGGAACGCCCACACUUUAGGGUUACUCCACCCAAAGUGCGCACAUGACCAGAAGGUGUGCAAAUGAUAGAACUAAGUAAGCGGCAGUAUGGGCGCAAACAGAAAAGCGCAGAGCUGUGCGCCUUUUCUAACUUAAGCAUACGGGAGAAAAUCACCCAGGGAGAAUAAGGGGGAAGCCGUAUCCAAGUGGUUAAGACUGCCUGCCACCUAGUGACAGAGCCAUGAUAUUUUCUGUGGGGUGGCCGGCAGGUAGCCAGAAAAUGAGUGGGGUGGCCAUGAAAGCGCUGACAGGGUUGACUGCUAUGCAAAUUUAAAAAUUCAACUCUGGACUUUUGCCCUGAGAAAUCCUUUGCAACUGGACCCUUCUGAAUUUUAAUUGAUGAUCCUUGAUUUAAUCCUGAGGUGGCAGCAGUGCACUAAACUAUAAAUAAAGAAGAAGAAGAGACGAAGCAGUAAAGUGACGUCAUGUUGAAUGGAUACUGAUACUGAAAUAAAGUGACUAAAAAAGGAAUUGCAAGACUGAUUCUUGAGAAUUCCACACCGACCAAACCUGACUGUCCGGAACAGGCCCCUUUGCUAUGGCUCAAGACUUAAUAGAAGAGGGAGGCAUUUUUUUUGACGAACUCAGCAAACUACGAGCACUAGAACCAGAUGUCAGCCAAAAGACCUCAGAACUCAAGGAUGACUGCAGAGAAUUUGUCGACAAAAUUGGACAGUUUCAGGAAAAAGUUGGAUGUCUAAUUGAACUUGUUGAUCAGUUGUCAAAAGAAACGGAGACAGAAAAGUUCAAGGCCAUUGGAGCAAGAAACCUGCUGAAGUUGGUGGCAAAGCAAAGAGAGACACUGCAGCAGCAGCUUCAAGCUCUCAUUGCAGAGAAGAAGACACAACUUGAAAGGUAUCGGAUCGAAUGUGAUGCCUUGUCUAAAGUGGAAUCUGAGCAGAAUGAGUUUAUCAACCAGUUUAUUUUGCAUUGAUGAAAGAACCCAACCAGGAUGAGGCGUUCAAAAUACUGAGUCUCAUUAUUCAGGUGGAAGAGUGGUCGUCUCACAAGUUUAGGUUCAAUUCCUGGUUGACCUUCACUCCUAUUGAAGUAUGCUUGAGUAAAGUUCUAAAGUCUGGAGCCCAUGGACAUCAGCAAAUUUUGGAUUUCCUCCCUUUUGAUACCUUGCGCUUCACUCUAUCGAUCUAUCUAUCUAUCUAUCUAUCUAUCUAUCUAUCUAUCUAUCUAUCUAUCUAUCGAUCUAUCUAUCUAUCUAUCUAUCUAUCUCUAUCUAUCUCUAUCUAUCUAUCUAUCUAUCUAUCUAUCUAUCUAUCUAUCUAUCUAUCUCUCUCUCUCUCUCUCUCUCUCUCUCUCUCUCUCUCGCUGUCUGUCUCACUGUCUGUCUGUGUAUCUAUACAUCUAUCUACACAUCUAUCUGUACAUCUAUACAUUUUGUAUAAAUACAGAAAAAUCCACAUUUUAACUGCUGACAGAAGUAACAAGAUAAAUUCUGUAACACACACACACACAUCGUCAAUGAACACCUUCUCCACACUGUCUCUGCAUUAAGGUUGACCUUGGUUUCCAUCUGUUUAAAGAAUCUGAGAUCCGGAGCAAGGAAGACAUUUUUAGAUUAGUUAUCCAGGUCUUGAAUGUCACCAGUAGUUGUGGCCCUCUGUAAUUACAUUCAUUAAGGCGUAAACACAUUUUCAAAUCUAAUAAAUUUUGUCCAUGUUAAAUUGA